AUGGGGUUCUCCUUUCGUGGUAAGAUCAACAAGACUUCAGUUGAUGCGGAUGAUAUUUCAACGGCCACCAGCGCUGCCAUUGAGGUCGGUGGAGCGACUGUCCAUUUCGAGGCUGAUCUGAAGAAAUUCAAGCGUCUUCAUAAGUGGGAUCCAUUCUUGGACGUCGAGAAGCUUGACGCCGUCGACGACAUUUUGGGUACUGAUGACGUUGAAAAGGAGGCUGCCGUCGAAGUUACCCUUUUAGUAGAGGACUCUCCAUAUGCAGAAGUGCGAGCUGCUGUUCAACCUUGUGAUGAUCCCGAGACCCCAGUCGGAACCAUUCGCGCAUGGACCAUUGGUUGGCUGCUUUGCACCAUAGUUGCCGCUUGCAAUAUCCUGCUGGGACUACGUCGAUCACCUACCUACAUCACUGCUACUGUCGUGCAACUAAUCGCUUACCCGAUUGGCACGGGAUGGGCCAAAUUCAUGCCACACGCGCGGAUUGGCGGCCUUGAGCUUAACCCGGGUCCUUUCAAUAUGAAGGAGCACACGAUUAUCACCAUUAUGACAGCUGCCGGUGCGUCAGCCAGUUACGCAAUUGAUAUUCUCUUAGCUCAGGAAGUGUUCUACAAGCAGCACUUCGGUUGGGGGUUCCAGAUCCUACUGGUUAUCUCGACUCAGGCCAUGGGUUUCGGCAUGGCCGGUGUUCUUCGGCGGUUUUUGGUCUGGCCUGCUGCCAUGGUGUGGCCCGCCACCCUCAUUUUCACUACCGUUAUGUAUUCGCUACACGACCACUCGCCUUCCAACCCGGCUACGAGCAACGGCUGGAGAAUCGGUCGCUACAAGUUCUUCCUCGUUGUUGCGCUUUGCACUUUUUGCUACGAGUGGAUUCCUCAGGUUAUGGCCACCUUCUUACAGAUGUUUACCUUUGUAUGCUGGAUCGCUCCGCAGAAUGUGGUCAUUAACCAGAUCUUUGGUGGUCAGACUGGACUGGGUCUAAUUCCUAUAUCUUUCGACUGGAGCAUUAUCACCGGUUUCAUGGGUAGCCCACUGCAGACUCCCGCCUUUGCCCUUGCCAAUGUCGGUGCUGGUAUCUUGUUCAUGUUGCUGGGCUGCGUUGGACUCGCCUACGCUGGCCCUGAUUACAUGAAGUAUCUCCCGAUUAGUGCGAAUUCCAACUUUGACCAUUUCGGCAAUUCUUACAACACCAGCCGCAUUUUGACCGAAGACUUCACUUUCAAUCAGGCGGCUUACGAUGAGUACUCUCCUCUGCUGUUGGGACCUGCAUUUUCCCUGUCUUAUGGCUUGUCUUUCGCCACUCUGAUUUCCACGGUCGUUCACGUGGGUCUCUUUUAUGGCAAGGAUAUCUGGGCUCGGUUCCGCAACGUCCGUUUCGAGGAUGCUGAUGUGCACCUCAAGUUGAUGCGCAGAUACAAGGAAUGUCCCGAGUGGUGGUUCGCCAUCAUAUUCGUUAUCAGCUUCGCCUUUGGUAUGAUCGCAUCGCAGGUUUGGCACACACAUCUCACAUGGUGGGCGUAUAUACUUUGUGUGGUCAUCGGCGCUGUCUUCAUCCUCCCUGUGGGAGUUAUUCAGGCCAUCACCAACCAGCAGACCGGUUUGAACGUCAUCACUGAGAUGGUCAUCGGUUACAUGACCCCUGGCCGCCCCGUUGCCAUGAUGUUGUUCAAGUCAUGGGGAUACAUGCUUGCAUAUAACGGUCUCAAUUAUAUUUCUGAUAUGAAGAUUGGUCAUUACAUGAAAAUUCCACCGAGAACCAUGUUCGCCGCCCAGUUGUUCGCUGUUGUUUGGCUGUCACUCGUCCAGAUUGCCGCGUACAACUUCCUCCGUGGUAACAUUGAGGGUAUUUGCACUGUCACACAAAUCAACGGUCUCACCUGCCCCCACGCCAAGACGUUCUUCAACGCUUCGGUUAUUUGGGGUCUUCUUGGACCUGCCAAGAUGUUUGGUGCUGGUCAGUUGUACAGCUGGGUAAACUACUUCUGGCUCAUCGGUGCUAUCCUGCCGGUUGCGCAGUACUUCCUAGCGCGGCGCUACCCCCGUAGUUUUCUCCGAUAUGUCUUCUUCCCUGCAAUCUUUGGUGCUGCUGGUAUGAUUCCUCCUGCGACGUCCUGGUAUCUUGGCCAGUAUGUUAUUGUUGGACUCUUCUUCAACUACUUUAUCAAGAACCGCUUCUUCGGCUGGUGGAGACGCUACAACUAUGUCAUGUCCGGUGCGCUCGAUAUUGGAACAGCCCUGUGUAUAGUCGUCUCUGCACUCGCGCUCGGUCUGAGCGGUACCAACUUUCCCGACUGGUGGGGCAACACCGUCUGGCAGAAGAACCUUGACAACGACGGCACCGCUGUCACCAAGGCUCUGCCUGGUGACGGUUCUUUCCUAGGGCCUGCUACAUGGCACUAG